CACGUGGAAGGUUAUCAACAACGUCUUCAGCAUCUCCAUAAUGUAUCUGCUGCUUCUUUUGGUUUUUAUUGUUGGUGCUUCAUUAGACAGCUUUUACAGUUAUAGCGUAAAACAAGGAGACAAAGAAAUCACACUGAGUCAAUAUGCAGGAAAGGUGGUGCUUGUGGUGAAUGUGGCCUCUGAAUGUGGCUACACUGAUGGUCAUUACAGAUCUCUGGUCAGAUUACAGGACAAGUUAGGGUCAAGCGAUAAAUUCUCUGUCCUAGCCUUUCCAUGUAACCAGUUUGGUAAACAGGAACCGGGGAGUUACAAAGAAAUCCUGUCUUUUGCAAAGAAGAAUUACAAAGUCAAUUUUCCAAUAUUUUCCAAAAUUAAUGUGAUGGGAGAAGAUGUUCCUGAUGCAUGGAAAUAUUUAAUUGAGAACUCUGAAGAGCCAACAUGGAAUUUCUGGAAAUACCUGGUAGACGAGAAAGGACAAGUCGUUCGAGCUUGGGGCCCUUGGAUAUCGGUAGAUGAUAUCACACAGGAUAUCAUAGAUGUCAUUGAUGGAAACUAUUCUAUCAAUGCUAGGCAGAGGGGAGAAUUGUGAAAAAGAUCUGGCCAGUUAAUGUUUGAUAAUGUACUUAGCCAUAAGAUAAGUGGGUUUUCUUCCUGCAGCAAUAUACAGAUCAAUAAUAUUAUUUAUUUUUCAUUGAUUUUUUUGCAAAGCAAGCUUCAACUAAAAUGUAUAUUUUUUUUAGUAGAAAAGGGAAAUUUUAAACUGGCUCAAAAAAUAGGCCUCUUCAUGCACAUCUUGCACGAAGUGAAUGGAUGUAUAAGGAAAUAAGAAAAAAAAAUUAAUUUUAUUUUGUAGAUUUUAUUUAUUUUCUGUUUGCAACACACCAAAAAAUAGGCCUCUUCAUGCACAUCUUGCACGAAGUGAAUGGAUGUAUAAGGAAAUAAGAAAAAAAAUUAAUAAUUUUAUUUUGUAAAUUUUAUUUAUUUUCUGUUUGCAACACACCAAUGAUGUUGAAUAAGAAAGGAAAUGAUACUAUUAUUCUAUAUCAGGGUAAAAUGUUGAAAAAAAAACCCAUUAUUAAAACAAAUUUCCUCAGAGAAAAAUGAGCAAAAUAUGUUAGUGUACACUAUUCAAAGAUUAUUUUUCAUGUCUACCUCUUUGUUUUCUAUCUAGUGAAUUAUCUAUUGAGUUUUGUAAAGCUUCUGGUGAAAACAGUUUAAGGGGGAUAACUCUAACAUGGAUUUAAAAAAAAAAAUCAUUGUCACAAAUCAUCAAGGAUUUCAAAAUUUCAUUAUAACUUAUCAUAAACAAUUAACUCAUACUGUAACUUCACAAAAUUCAAGCAUUUUAUUUGUUAAUGGUGUCCAUUUUUUUGUUUUGUUUUUGUUUUGUUUUGUUUUGUUUUUGCAUUUACUGGUUUUGUGAUGAAAAAAUGUCAACUUAUAGAGUACAUGCCAUGGGAUGCAACGGUGGUUUUAACUAUAGUACUCAAGAGUUUUCUAAACACACGAUGCAGUGUAAAUUGUGUUACAAGUGUAUGUAUGCAGUUUAGUUUCUUUGUAGUUAAGGAUUGUCUUUUUGUGUAGUUAUUGUGUGUGUGUGUCAGCUUUAUUCUCAUACUGAGAUGACUAUUUUAUGACUCUAAAGUUUGAGGUUUUUGCUAGCUAGUUUUCUGGGUGACCCUGAUUUAACACUGAGGAUAUUAGAAAAUUUACAGUAUUAAAUAUCAUACAUGUACAAGGCUUCUAACAUUACUGUAAAUUAUUGGGGAGUAGCAGUAAUUUAGAGAUUAAUUCUGGAGUUGUUAGGGUUUUGUAUGUUUUUUUAUUGUUCAUUGGCCCAAAAACAAGUUGAAUUACAUGUAACUUCUUCUUAAUCAAGGUAUAUACUGCUGUAUUUCAUUCUGAUUGAUGGAAAAUAUCAUUUCUGCAUUUUUCCUCUAAACUGAAUAGUCUGUAAAAUACAAGCUUGUACACAUAAAAUAAGAUUGUAUGAUUUUUUUUUCAAAGAAUAAUAUAGGUAUAAUUCAAUUUAUUUGUUUUACUUUAUUAUUAUUUUUGAAGGCAGCUGAGUGUAGAACAAAGAAACACACAAAUGUAUAUUAGUUUAUACUUGCGGGAAACUAAAUAAUUACAAAAAAGAAACAUCUUGUUAAUUUUGACUUGUUGAUUGCAAUAAAUCAGCAGUUCUGAAA